AUAAGUUUAAUGCAAACUAGCAACUUACCUUGGCUUACUGCAUUUGCAUAACAGGCAGUCUCCUCGUGGAGUGCAACAAGAGGCAGGUGGUUAUAGCGUUGGACUAGUUAACUGUAAGGUUGCAAGAUUGGUUCCCCCGAGCUGACAAGGUUAAACUCUGUCGUUCUGCCCCUGAACAAGGCAGUUAACCCACUGUCCCUAGGCCGUCAUUGAAAAUAAGAAUGUGUUUAUAACUGACUUGCCUAGUUAAAUAAAGGUAUAAAAAAUAUUUUAAAAUCGGUGCCCAAAAAUACCCAUUUCCGAUUGUUAUUGAAAACUUGAUUUUGACCCUAAUUAAUCGGCCAUUCCGAUUAAUCGGUCGACCUCUAAUACAUACAAUGUCUCCAUUCUCUCAAGGCUUAAAGAUCCUUCUGUCUUCAUCUACACUGAUUGAAGUGGUUUUAACAGGUGACAUCAAUACGGGUUCAUAGGUUUCACCUGGAUUCACCUGGUCAGACAAUGUCAUGGAAGAGUAGGUGUUCUUAACCUUUUUGGGAUAGGGGGCAGCAUUUUCACUUUUGGAUGAAUAGCGUGCCCAGAGUGAACUGCCUCUUCCUCUGUCCCAGAUGCUAAUAUCUGCAUAUUAUUAUUAGUAUUGGAUAGAAAACACUCUGAAGUUUCUAAAACUGUUUGAAUGAUGUCUGUGAGUAUAACCAAACUCAUGGCAGGCAAAAACCUGAGAAAAAAAUCCAACCAGGAAGUGGGACAUCUGAGGUUUGUAGUUUUUCAAUUCAGCCCCCAUUGAAGAUACAGUGGGAUAUUAGUUAUGUUUCACUUCCCAAGGCUUCCACUAGAUGUCAACAGUAUUUAGAACCUGUUUUGAGGAUUCUACUCUUAAGGGGCUCAUAAGUGCUGUUUGAGUGAGUGGUCUGGCAGAGUGCCACAGCCUCAGUCUGGCGCGCUCACGUGAAAGGUAGCUACGUUCCACUUCAUUUGCAUAGACAAAGGAAUUGUCCGGUUGGAACAUUAAUGAAGUUGUAUGUUAAAAACAUCCUAAAGAUUGAUUCCAUACUUAGUUUGGCAUGUUUCUACGGGCUGUAACGGAACUUUUUUAACUUUUCGUCCAACGUUCGGCGCGACCUGAACACGCUUUUGGAUUUGUUUACCAAAUGCCCUAACAAAAGAAGAUAUUUGGACAUAACUGAUGGACAUUAUCGAACAAAUCAAACAUUUAUGGUGGAACUGGGAUUCCUGGGAGUGCAUUCUGAUGAAGAUCAUCAAAGGUAAGUGAAUAUUUAAAAUGCUAUUUCUGAGUAAUGUUGACUAUCUUUUUGGCAGCUUUGUUGUCUAAAGGCUGUACUCAGAUUAUUGCAUGGUUUGCUUUCUCCGAAAUCUGACACAGCGGUUGCAUUAAGGAGAAGUUUAUCUAAAGUUCCAUGUAUAAUAGUCGUAUCUUUAUCAAUGUUUAUUAUGAGUAUUUCUGUAAAUUGAUGUGGCUCUCUGCACAAUCACCGCAUGCUUUAGAACUACUGAACGUAACGCGCCAAUGUAAACUCUGAUUUUUUUAUAUAAAUAUGAACUUUAUCAAACAAAACAUACAUGUAUUGUGUAACAUGAAGUCCUAUGAGUGUCAUCUGAUGAAGAUCAUUAAAGGUUAGUGAUUAAUUUUAUCUCUAUUUGUGCUUUUUGUGACUCCUCUCUGGCUGGAAAAAUGGCUGUGUUUUUCUGUGGCUUGGUGGUGACCUAACAUAAUCGUUUGUGGUGCUUUCGCUGUAAAUCCUUUUUGAAAUUAGACACUGUGGCUGGAUUAACAAGGAUUUUCUUUAAAAUGGUGUAAAAUACUUGUAUGCUUGAGGAAUUUUAAUGUAGCUUCAUAACAUUAUGUCUGACACUGUAUUUUACAGGUACGAAGGCAGACAAAGUUUACAGAUAUGAAGCUGUAAGGAAACCCACAACAUGGCAAGCACACAGCAGUCUGCUUUUGAGUAUGUCCAAAAUGGCAGAGCUCUUCUUGAGGGUCACCUCCAGAAACGCUCCUUGGUCGUUGAUGAGUUGCGAAAGAAUAACAUCUUCAGCGAAAAACAAGUUAGAGAAAUUAAAUCCCAUAAAAAGAGGUCUGUCAAAACCAGAAAGAUGCUGGACAUGAUUAUCAAGAAAGGGGAAUAUGCCAGUUAUGAACUGUUAAAAAUAUUGUACAACACAAGGAACCAAACCUUACCAAAAACAAACCCUACCCAGAAUCAACCUCGCCACCCAGAUUUACAUCAAUGGAUCAGCUGCUUUUCGUUUACAGAUGACCCAGAUUUACAGAGUGGCCUCGUCUCUGAAUCAGGGCCUCGUGAGAGGUACAAAAGGCAGCUGCGAACAAAAGCUGUUGAGUUUCUUCACGCAAAAUGGGACCAGCACAUGCAUUUCCUCAAAGACAAGGCAAAAUGCAAACCCUUUACUUACAUUCCUGUCGUUUUGGACACCGACUCGAGUGAGCUGUCCAAAACUAAAAGCAAGUACAAAAAAGCACGCUCUAAGAAACUUAAGACUUACAUUCCAAGAGACAAGGGAAAACUGUCCCCUGGUCACUUACUGGAAAGCAGUGAGAAAAAGAUUCUACUUGUUGGUAAACCUGGCAUUGGAAAGACAACUGUUGUCCAGCAAGUUUUAAAUAUCUGGGCAGAGAAUGAGAAUCCUCAAGAGAGUUAUAUGUUCUACUUUGAUGAGCCUUCGAUGAGAUCAAUGUCUCACUCUUCACAGCCCUCAUCCUUGAGGUCUCUGCUGUUUGAAAGAUACCUUAAACCAGAGGAAGGCACAGAGGAUGUGGUGCUGUGUGAUAUUCAAAAUAAUUCAGAAAAUGUAAUCUUUGUGUUUGAUGGGAUCAUGGAUGUGAUUGGCAACCCCGUGCUAAAUAACAUUUUGGCAAAAGAACUUCUGUGUGAUGCCAAGAUUCUGACCACGUGCAGACCAGAGGCAGAAGACUGCGACUUUUUAUCUGACUGGCCGUCUUACAGAGUGGAGGUCCAAGGAUUCAACAAUGAGUCCAUCCAUGCUUACUUAAAGUGGAUGUUGGGCACUGAGGAUGACUAUGUUUGUAGUGUUGCGAGCAACAACGCACUAUUCAGUCUAUGCCAUGUCCCAAUGUACGCUUUCAUAGUGACUGCUUGUAUUUCAUUUAGUCCCUGUGAGGCUAAAAACCACCCAUGCACCAUAACAGAAAUGUAUGUGUGGAUCUUUCGUCAUUGCAUGAAAAGACAUGGUGACCAAAAUGUUGAGUAUCUGGAUAAGUACAUUCAUGACAAUAUGGGGGACAUCAAGUUUCUAGCUAUAAACUCUUUCCAAGCAUUACUUGCGAAAACCGUAAACUUGACAGAAAUGGAUUGCAAGGACAACAGUGUUCAACAUGCGUUCUUGACGUCCAGUGCAGCAAAGGAAUCGUCAACUGGCCAUUCGUCUGCUUUUCUCCACAACACGAUGCAGGAGUUUUGGGCUGCUCUUUUUCUGUUGAUGACACCUGGAAACAUCACCUCCGUCCUUCAACAGUGUCAGACAGAAGAAGGAAAGUACUUGAAGUACAUUGUGUCCUUCCUCUGUGGACUCUUGUCCAGUGACAUUGCUGAAUUGAUUAACUGUGUAGUGCCAGAGGACCAGAUAAGGGAAAUAUCUGACAUAUACCUUGAGAAAGUCAUAGACACCUUCCUCGGGCCUGCAAUACUACAGGGACAUGAUGAGUCCCAUACCGAGAUGGAUGCUGAUCUCCUCUUCGUUUGCCAGUGCUUGUAUGAGCACCAGUCACCCGAAGCCUGUUCACUCCUUCUACAAAAAGUGGAGUAUGAGCUUGAUCUCAGUGGACAAUAUCUCGAUCCUCAACAGUGCUGUGCUGUGUCAUAUGUGAUCAACCAGUCCACAAACAAGAAUGUCUGUCUGUACCUGAUUGACUGCACUUUCUCUGAUCCAGGAUUGAGGCUGAUUCUGGGCUCUUUGAAAAAUCUUCAAUGUCUCAGAUUGGAUCCCACUACACGAUGUCAGGUGUGGAAAGCUGCUCUUCACUCAGGGAACCCGAGUGACUCUGAAGGCUUGCUAAGACUGUGUGAAUAUGAAAUUCACUUAAGGGUCAUGGAGAAACAGGACCAAAAUGUGUGGGAGAGAGUGGGAGAGGUCCUGAAGCACAAGAGACCAGAGAAGGUCAAACUCUGUCUACAUUUGGUUGACAACUCACUGCAUGCAGCUAAUUCCUUGGGAAAGAGCAUAUUUGACCAUUUGCCAAACGUUGAGGCUAUCAGGUUUGUUGAACCUGUUGAUCUGAGACGAUCAUUAGUGGCAUGGAAAAUGGAGGUGAGGUCAUUCCAGCAGGAUAUCUUUCUGCACGGGGCUCUGUACCAGAUGGAGACAGGACUGAAACGGGUAGAGGACCUGCAAGCAGUGCUUUGUCUGGCUAGCACAUAUUCUUUAGAGGAACAGAGCAAAUUCAUUUUGAGUUUGUACCAACAUAUAGGAAAAUAUGAGAUUGAUGAAGGUGUAGCAGUUCUACCAACAUUGCAGCCAAUUUUCAAGUCAUUUCCUGCAGUCUGGUACAUACACUUUGCUGAUACGAAGGCCUCUGUCCUCCUUGAUGUGAUGAAACUCCAAAACGUGAAGAAACCAGUGGAGCUGUGGUGGUCAAAUGAUGAGUGUGACAUGAGCCUCAUUCAUUGUUUGCCUUAUAUUUCACAGCUAAGGUUCAAUGACUGCAUUCUGAUCCAGUAUGAUGACACUAAAGGAACCAUUGAAGGCCUUUUGAAACUAUUCUGUUUUGCAAAGCAGCGUCAGCUUGAGACAGGAGAGGAGACACUGAGGAUGCUGUCGACAGUAUGCAGCUACUCAAACUUCCCUUUUGCGAGUGAUAACAAAGACGAACAGAGUGAUUUUCUGCUAGAUUUAUACUCCUCUGCAAAGUCGUUUGAACUUGAAUUGGAGGGCCAAAUUCUCCCAUCAUUGUUGACAGUCUUUCAGUCAGCUCAGCCUGCAGCCUGGGUCCUUGACCUCGGUACAGACAAGGCCUCCAUCCUACUUGAGGUGCUGAAACUCCAAACAGAGAAGAAACCAGUUAGACUGAAGGGCUGGCUAGAAACUGAUAAAAGCAAAAUAGAGAGUUUUCUUCGGUGCCUACCAUAUAUUUCACAACUGAGGAUUAUUCCUCAAGAUGAGAGUGAUACAGAGGUGAAGAUGCCUACACUGACUUCUGAGCAACUAAAGAGAUUCUUCCUUUUGCACCUGCUUGAUCAUGGAGAUCUGGACAACACUGAGACAGGACAGAGCUCUGUUGAGGAACUGUUGUCAGUUCUUGGGUUUGCUCAUUCAGACGACUCUCCAGAAAGGUGCUUGUUUCUGUUAGAUCUGUUCUCACAUGGGAAAGACUACGAGACUCAAACAGGCAGAAAAGUUUGUCACGCAUUACUUCCUGUUUAUCAGUCAGCCCCUGCAGUCUGGUCCAUAGACCUCUCGGAGAGAAAGGGCUCUCUAAGCUGUGAUGACCAGUUCCAGCUGUCUCUGUGGGGUGCACUCCCUGUCGGCUCAGAAUGGGAUGCACAGCUAGCCUCCUCACUCCUCCAGGCCCUAGACUACACCAUCACAUUGUCAGGGUGGUUGCCCACUGUAACCUGCAAGGCAGUAGGUGCAGUCCUAGGCCAAUCUGCCCCUGGAGAAAAACUCAACGUCAGUCUCAUCCCAGAUAGUAUCUCAUUACAAGGAGCUGCAUUACUCUUCAAGCAAGUGAAAGAGUUUCACAAACUUAAGGUAAACGAAAUGUCAACAGCAAAGCUGGCCAGAUUGGCAAGGUCAAUGACAUGCCGAAGACCAAUGGUCAUUGAGGAGCUGACUCUUGUCUUGUCUAGGCCAAUUCCAAAAGAAGGGGUGCAGUGUAGAGUGCUCAGUGGUUUAGCUUUACUCCUUAGAGUUUGGACUGUAAGGGUCUUAAAUCUGAUAGACUGUCCAAUCCAGGGUUUCCUUCUCACUACCUUGUUGUGUCAUCAGGGUCCACUCACUAUCAGACUGAGUAAGGAGACUCGGCAGCAGCUGGCUGUUGUGGUGUAUGAGGCUCAGGAUGAGGAACUGACCCAAUGCUUUCUGGAAAAGUCGGGUAGUGAUCUGUCUAACUGUACACUGGACUGGGAUGUGCUUCACUACCUGCUGAAGACCACCACACAACCCAUCACCAUCAACCUCAGGAGGAGCAGAAUCAGAGACCAAUACAUACCUUAUCUCCUCCCUUUGCUGAAGAAUGUUCACUUUCAAAGGACAAGCUCCCAGUUUGAGAGGACAGCUCUGAGAGAAAUACAUGAGCAACGUGCUGGUCACUUGGUGAACAGUUUAGUGAAGUCAUCAGAUGACUGGAUCGACCUGAACAACCUGGUUUUGAACCAUGAUGACUGUGAAGCGCUUCGUUUUGCCCUGCACUACAGUGACGGUGUCAAACUCAACUUGUUGUUGACCAUCAUUCCAAAGGAGGAAAUGGAGAGCAUUCUGACUCUUCUAUACAGAGUUUCUGAGCUCAGGGUCGAAAGGAAACUAUUGCUGGAGCUGCUCCAUACCUGUGCAGGAUUGAGAAGGAGGAGAGGAGUGGCACCUGCACUCCUGACACUGCUGCAUCACAAACUGGACCUCUCCUGCUCCUCUGCCAUGGACCUGUUUGGGCAGGAGAAGACUGUUUUGAGCCUCAGUUUUGGAGACUGUAGGGUAAUCUCCGCGGCCAUCCAGGAAGCUGAUGGUGACACAGAGCUGAUCCUACACGACUGCCAUGUUGAGGAUGAAGGAAUAGAGGAGCUGUUUCAUGUUUUGCACAGGAUUCAUAUGAGCUUUGGAAAACCUCUUCUGCUGCAACUCCUGCACUUGAUAUUUGUGGAAGAUUGCGACAGGUCAGUGAGGCUUGCUUCAUUACUCUCCAGAGCCCUAGAAAAGAAGGUGGACCUCAGUCAUAGCCCUUUAGACUCGAGGGCCUGUUCAACACUUGCCUUGGUUCUAGAACACUCGGAAGGGCUUUCCGAGCUGGACCUCAGUGACUGCCACCUCACUGACACACAACUGGACGUGCUGCUCCCACAUCUGCACAAAGUUCAAGUCCUGAAUCUUUGCAAUAAUGAAAUCACCGACAAAGGUGCUGUGAAACUUAACCUAUACAUGAUCGGCAAUAGCUUCACAGAAACUGUAUGGCUCUCCAGCAACAUGAUUACUGAGUUUGACAUCUUAUUGGCGGACAACCGCUACAAACUGUGGCCAGCUCAUGUGGAGCCUGGGUGGCACGAUCAGCGCGUUACUUCCCUGGGAUCUACCGCUGUGACAAAUGAGACCUCUAAAAAAAAACCCCUCAUUGAAGAAUUUGAUCCUGACAAAACAAUAACAGACAAGAUUACCUACAGGUUCCAGUGUGGGUCUCGUGGCAGGUUUCAGUGCAGAGCUACAGGGCUGGUUUUUGGGAUGAGGGGGGCAGGAAUUGUGGAGUACAGUGUGGUCCACUGGGACAGGGAUAUCCUUGCUAACACCAGCUAUGAGCCUGCAGGCCCCCUGUUUCAAUUCAGGAGUCCAGAGGGACAUAUGUACCAACUACAUCUACCUCACUGCGAGGUUAAGGUGUCUGCAGCUGAGAACCUUCUUGUGGCCCACAUAUGCAGAAAGAACAGGGAAUUCUUAAUACCCAAGGUGACACACUCACACGUGAUUGUAAGCAUUAGUGGGCUUUCAAAUUAUGGAAAAGCUCGUAAAAAACAAUCCAACAGCAACCGUAUCCAAGGACAGGUGCUACUGUUCCUUGAGCCUGAAGCAACUCCAGAAGAGCAACGGCUCUGGGUGUUCCUGCUGCCCCGAGACAUGCCGCCAGACCAGGUGGAAAAUCAGCACAAAGAGUUCACAUUCAUUAAGACCAGCUCAUCCUGUAUGCUGACACCCACAGCCAAAUAUAGUGUGACUUCUGACCUCAAACAAGGCUUUCUUGUUCAACCCAAAAAAUACACUUUGCACAUUGCACAUUGCACAUACCAACACGCCACCUUUGAGGUCUUCUUGAACCGUAGUAUCACAGAACUCAAAAUGAAAAUUCUGGAGACAAAGCUAAAGACGAGGAAACGCUGGAGUCGCCGAGUGAUUCUCAACACACCACGGGGUCUCACCAUGUCUCCUCCCCUACUUUCAUCAGAUAAUGCUGCUAAGAUAAAAAGAUUCAAUGAGCAGCAGUGGAUAAAGAACCUGUGUGACAUACUGAGAGAACUGUCAAAGGACGAAAUUAAGAAGCUUAAGUCAAUGAUGAGGAAUAAGGAACAAAAGCCAAUCCCCAAGAGUGCUCUGGAGGGACGAAAAAGCCCUGAGGAGCUUGCAGAGCUGAUGGUGGAGACCUGGGGGAUGCAUGACUCCAUCAAGGCCACCAAAGAGUUCAUGGAGAGACUGCCACGCAAUGACGAUCGAGUGACCUCCUUGCUGCAGCCAUUCUUGUAGCAUUUUGGCAAAGGGUGGGAGAUGAUGGAAGUGUGGUGGCUACCUGCAAAAAACUAUGGGAGUAUGCUUUUACAAGGUCCAAAACUCAGGGAAAAUCAAAUCCAUUGAAAUUGAUAUAAUGAACAGAGCAUUUAGAGAACAAAUAUAUUGUAUUGCAAUUGUCUUUAAUUUUGUAAACUUUUUGGGGAAAAAAUCAAGUUCAGUUGAACAAUAUAUUUUGAGAUUUUAUGUAUAUUUCUAUAUUUUAAAACUUUUUUUUAAAUCACUGAAAUAUGUACAGUAUGACCAACGACAACUUUGUAGUUCAAUGUAUAUUUAUAUUUGUAAACUUUUUUUUCAACCACCAGAAUAAUAUGUAAAGUAUGACCAAUUACUUUUUCUACCUGUUUGAAUCUUGGUGUUGUCUCAUCCACACAUUCGGAUAAAACCAUGAAUCUAAUCCAUGGCCAAUUAUUGUUCUACCCUUUCACUGUCAUAACGGUACAAAUCUUUGCCGCAAAUCCUAAAACUCGUAUGUAUGAUUAUUGCUAUCCUCAUUUCAUCAGGAAAGACAAAAAUGCCAAAACCCUCAUCAUUAGUGUACUUGCUGUUAUUCCCUCUUAAUAGUCACAGUUUGCAUCACAUAGUAACCAAUUCUUGAUAUUAACCAAUAGCCUACACUGUUGUGCUUGUUUUUUAUUUAUUUUUAUUAAAUGUGCUUUUCUAUGUAAUAAAGAUUAGGGUACACACUGAGCAAUAACCUACAAUAUUGGUAGUCCUAAACCUAAUAUUUAGUUGAUUAAAUACAUGAUUUAGAAUGUAAA